UUGGCUGCAAACCUGCCCGACACUCUGAAUUCAGGAUGUCCCAAUGGGUGUGUCUCAUCUCAACGCUGCUCAUCGCUGCAGUCUGUUCAAAUGGGCAGAUUACAUUAACUCAACCGAAAUCGGUCUCCAUCGAGCCGCAGGGGACGGUUAAAUUUAGUUGCAGUGUGUCUGGUGAAAACUUGGGGAACAGUGACAUAGGAUGGUACCAGCAGAAACCCGGGACUGCUCCUCGAUUCCUACUCUAUCAUGAUCUUAACAGAGAUAGCAGAGGCUCUGGGGUUCCUGAUCGAUUCUCUGGCAGGAGUCAAUCAUCAACAAACGCGGCGUAUUUGACAAUCAGCAGAGUUCAACCGGAGGACGAUGCCAAUUAUUAUUGUGGCUGGUGGAAGAGCAAUGCUUUUUAUUUCGGUGGAGGGACCAAACUGACUGUCCUGACCCGAGAAGCGACUCGCCCUUCGGUAUCUCUUCUCCCGCCGUCGCCCGAUCAGAUCUCCGCAGAUGACACAGCGACCCUGGUGUGUCUGGUGAAUCAUUUCUUCCCUGGUUCGGUGGAAGUUUCCUGGAGUGUGGACGGUGAGACCACGGACAGUGGUGUCCAGACUACUCAGGCAGUGCGGGGCACCGACCAGACAUACAGUGUGAGCAGUUAUCUGACCCUGACCGCCGCCCAGUGGAACUCACACGAAGUCUACACCUGCGGCGUUACACACGAGUCUCUCGCAUCUCAGCUCAAGCAAAGCAUCAAGAGAUCAGGCUGCGAGUGACAGGAGAGAAUAAAGCCCCUUGCUGCAAGCUGUUGUCCACGGCAUUUAUGCGUGAAGACGGCUUUAGUUAUUCGCAUGCAGUUAUUUCUCUUGGUACGCGCAUGGCACACAAUAGUAACUUAAAUAUUGUUGCGGCAGAAACAAUUUGUCUUGGUAACUGCAAAAUGGAAACAUUUAUUUAAUAAACGA